GCAUAAAGCAACCCAAUCUGCACUAAAGAAAUCAGAAAACUUUUUGUGUCCUGUUACUGCUAACCACUGACGGAGACAAUAAGGGUGAUAAAAGAAUGGUGGUUGGAAUAUGGAUUAUUGCAUUUUAUCUCCUUGGCUCAGUAACAGGUAAAGAAAUUUGCUUCCCCAGGCUUGGCUGUUUCUCAGAUGACCCCCCCUGGUCUGGGGUACCAGGGAGACUUCUGACAGGUUUGCCUGACUCUCCUGAACAUAUGAACUUGAGCUUCUCUCUCUACACCAGGGAAACAGGAAAUAACUCACAGGUGAUCUCAGCGAUAAACUCCUCAACAAUCCAAAACUCACAUUUCUCCUCACGCAGGAAAACCUCCUUCAUCAUUCAUGGAUUUGGCAGCACUGGAAAAUCAGGCUGGGUGGUAGAAAUGUGCUUGCUGUUACUGGAAGCAGAAAACGUGAACUGCAUUGCUGUUGAUUGGAAAGAAGGCGCAAAAGGCACCUACGUCAGCGCAGUGAACAACAUCCGCGUGAUUGGAGCCGAGGUUGCUUAUUUCAUAAAAACUUUACAGAAACUCUUCAGGUACUCCCCUUGUGAAAUCCAUCUAAUUGGCCACAGCCUGGGCGCACAUACAGCGGGAGAGGCGGGAAGGAGGAUUCGAGGCAUCCGGCGGAUCACAGGUUUGGACCCUGCAGGGCCCUAUUUUGAAGGCACUCCUCCAGAGGUGAGGCUGGAUCCUUCAGAUGCAAACUUUGUUGAUGUUAUUCACAGUAAUGCUGCCCACUUUCCUGCCAUAGGGCUUGGAAUGUACAAUGCCACUGGUCACCUUGACUUUUACCCAAAUGGAGGAACUGUAAUGCCUGGAUGCACUGAUUUAAUUCCAGAGAUGAAACAAAAUGAUUUUGAAGCUCUUAUUGCAGAUGCUACUAUUUUUGGGGGAUGCCAUCACUCACGCAGCCAUGAGUAUUAUUUUGAAAGCAUCCUCUAUCCCACCGGAUUCGUUGGAUAUCCCUGUGAAUCAUACAAAUCCUAUGAGGCAGGAGAAUGUUUCCCAUGUCCCCAAGAGGGGUGUCCGAUGAUGGGGCACUACGCUGACAGAUUUCCAGACAAAUUUAAGAGAGUAAACCAAAAAUAUUUUUUAAAUACAGCAGCAGAUCCACCUUUCACUAGUUGGAGACAAAAAGUGUUUAUCAAACUGUCUGGUGUAAAGAAAAUGAGGGGGGACAUAAACCUAAUUUUCCAUGACACAGAGGGGAACAAAAAGGAAUAUGAAAUUGCCAGUGGAGCCCUCUCUGAAGACCAGGUUUAUACAAAAUACCUUGAUGUUGAAAUUAACCCCAAAAAUACUGCGAAAGUUGAAUUUCUCUGGAAUAAAACCUUAUUCACUCUGCUCUGGGCAAGACUGGGAGCAGAAACAGUCAAUAUAAUUCACGGAGAAGAUGGUCGUCGGUCAACUCUCUGUGGCCGUGGAACUGUGACAUAUGGAGUUCCCCAGCUCCUUACACCUUGCUAGAGGGCACCGAGUACAACCGUUCUGUGCGCUGCAGCUGUGUAAACAGUCGUGUGUGGCAAUGCUGGUGCUCAAGGCCA